CUUUCAUUUUUAAACCAACAUCGGAGAUGGAAGAAUCUGAUAUUAAAAACUUUUUGAAAAUAAUCUGCUCUGGUCUACCUGUGGAUCCUCUACCUCCGAAAUACGAAAGAGAUCCGCUUAUUGCUCAUGCACCAAAGCUCAGUCCUAAUUUGAAUGAGGAUGAUACCGUUCAAGCUAUUUCAAACGCUUUAAGAUAUUUUCCACCGGAGACUCAUCUUGAACUAGGGAAAGAGUUCCUCCAAGAAUUAAAUGAGUAUGGACAUAUUUACAUGUAUAGAUUGAAGCCACAAUUCUCAAUAAAGGCUUACCCUAUCAACCUUUAUCCUGUUAAAACUCAAAAAGCUGCGGCUAUAAUGCAUAUGCUAAUGAACAAUUUAGACCCAAGAGUCGCUCAAUUUCCGGAAGAAUUAGUAACCUACGGAGGAAAUGGUCAAGUACUCUCCAAUUGGGCACAAUUUUGGCUUGUUUUGAAAUAUUUAUCCGAAUUAGAGGACGAUGAAACUCUGGUCCUCUAUUCGGGACAUCCUUUGGGAGUUUUUCCAUCAUCUUCCUCUGCUCCUCGCUUAGUUAUUACUAAUGGGAUGAUGGUGCCCAAUUAUUCUAAUCGAGAAGAUUACGAGAAAUUAUUCGCUCUUGGGGUAACCAUGUAUGGACAAAUGACGGCUGGGUCUUAUUGCUACAUUGGACCACAAGGUAUUGUUCAUGGAACAACGUUAACCAUUUUAAACGCUGGAAGGAAAUAUCUAGGUCUAGAGGAUCUACGCGGCAAAGUUUUUAUUACUUCCGGCUUGGGAGGUAUGAGUGGCGCUCAGGCCAAAGCCGCCGUUAUUUCCGGUUGUAUUGGUGUGGUUGCUGAGGUUAGCGCAGAGGCUGUUGACAAAAGAAAGAAUCAGGGAUGGGUUCUUGAAAAGACUGACGACUUAGACGUAGUUAUUGCUAAAAUCAGACAAUAUAGAAAAGAGAAAAAAGCAACUAGCAUAGCUUAUCUUGGGAAUAUUGUCGACUUAUGGGAAAGAUUGGUUGAAGAGUAUAGAUCUACAGGAGAACUACUCUGCGAUCUCGGAUCGGAUCAAACUUCCUGUCACAAUCCUUUUUCAGGCGGUUAUUACCCGGCAGGUUUAUCUUUUAAUGACUCACGAGAACUUUUAAGUUCUGAUCCUAUCAAAUUUAGAAAACUAGUUGAACAAUCUCUUGUUCGUCAGAUUGAUGCCAUUAAUUUCUUAAAUGAACAAGGAUUAAAGUUUUGGGAUUAUGGAAAUGCCUUUUUGUUGGAAGCUUCUCGAGCUGGAGCUGAAGUUCGACUUCCAGGAGAAAAAAUUCACGUGUUUAGAUAUCCAUCAUACGUUCAACACAUUAUGGGAGAUAUUUUCUCAUUGGGAUUUGGUCCUUUCCGUUGGGUUUGUUCUUCAGCUGAUCCUCAAGACUUAGAAAUAACAGAUAAGAUAGCUGAAGAUGUUUUACAUAAACUGAUGGAAAAGAAUACUGGUACCAGGGCUGAACAACAAUACAAGGACAAUAUUAAAUGGAUUCAAGAAGCUCAAAAACAUAAAAUGGUUGUUGGAUCCCAGGCAAGAAUUUUAUAUUCCGAUCAACAGGGAAGAAUUGGAAUUGCCUUGGCUUUUAAUGAAGCUGUUGCCAAUGGUAGAUUAAAGGCGCCUGUAAUUCUAUCUAGAGAUCAUCAUGAUGUUUCUGGUACAGAUAGUCCAUUUAGGGAAACAUCAAACAUUUACGAUGGUUCAGCUUUAUGUGCUGAUAUGGCCGUUCAAAAUGCUAUUGGUCUUGGAUUCAGAGGUGCUACCUGGGUAGCUUUGCAUAACGGCGGUGGUGUUGGAUGGGGAGAAGUAAUAAAUGGUGGAUUUGGAUUGAUUCUAGAUGGCUCAAACGAUGCUGCAGAGAAAGUAAGAAAUGCUAUUGGCUGGGAUGUAGCAAACGGUGUUGCUCGAAGGAGUUGGUGCGGAAAUGAAAACGCUGUUGAUACAAUAAGAAGACUUGUAAAAGAAAACAGCAAAUUUAAGAUAACGGUACCAUAUUCUGUUGACAAAAGCCAGUUUAAAUAA